AUGGCUCUCUAGUCCAUGUUGUUACCAAGUUAGACGCCAUUGAUUCCAUAGAAGAAGAGGAAUGACGACUUUCUAACUAUAUUUUUCUCUUCGCGUGUGCUUUAUCGAUCGGAAUAUCAGGGGUGUUUAAUAGUUAAGGAGUCCCUCAUGAUGGCACUAAAAUCAGGCGAGGAGCGCCUCAAGGAGAUGGAGGCAGAGAUGGCGCUGUUUGAGCAGGAGGUUUUGGGAGGCCCGGUGGCUGUGACUGCAGGGGGGCCUCCUGUAGUGGAGGCUGUUCCAGUGGCUCUGGCUGUGCCGGCUGUACAGGCUUUGCCAAUGGUUCGACCCAUCAUAGGCACAAACACCUACCAACAGGUCCAGCAGAGCUUGGAGGCUAGAGCUGCUACUUUAGUCGGACCUCCACCUCCUGCAUUCGUUGGUCCAGCCGUACCUGCAGUGCGGCCUCCACCGAUGAUGAGACCUGCAUUUGUUCCACACAUCCUACAAAGACCAGGUGGACAGAGAAUGCCAAUGAUGCGUGGCCCUCCACCACAAGGUAUGCUCGCACCUCCGCUGCCCCGCCCUCCUCCCCCACCACCAAUGAUGAUGGCACCCCCGAUGGCCGGACCUCCUCAGCACCCUAUGGCUCCCAUCGGACCACCUAUGGGGCCCAUGAACCCAGUUCCUCCUGUUGACACAAUGACCCCGGUGGUGACGGCUCCACCUCGGCCAGUGACACAGGCUCAGCCCAAAGUCACCCCCAGCGUUAUACAGGCAGCCCCCACAGUUUACACUGCACCACCUGCCCCAAAGAGACCAGACAUGAGAGCGCAGAGACAAGCACGCAUGGAGGAGCUGGCAGCAUCAGUAGCUGAACAGCAGGCAGCUGCGCUGGCUGCCGGGCUCCUGGAGGCCAAGAAGGACAGCGUCAUGGACGACAGCGUCAUCGGGCCGAGCAUGCCUGAGCCGGAGCCCGUACACACUGAGCCACCAGAGAGCAUUACGGAGGAUAAGAAGAAAGGGAAACAGGAGAAGGUGAGGAAAUGCAUCCGUACAGCCGCAGGCAUUACUUGGGAAGACACCAGCUUAACAGAAUGGGAAACAGACGACUUUAGGAUAUUCUGUGGAGACCUGGGUAACGAGGUGAACGACGACAUCCUGACACGAGCAUUCGGUCGCUAUCCGUCCUUUCUGAAGGCUAAAGUGGUACGAGACAAACGCACAGGGAAGACCAAGGGCUACGGUUUUGUCAGCUUCAAGGACCCCAACGACUAUGUGCGUGCCAUGAGGGAGAUGAACGGAAAAUAUGUCGGCAGCAGACCCAUCAAACUGCGAAAGAGCACAUGGAAAGACAGGAACCUGGAGCUGGUACGCAAAAAGCAGAAGGAGAAAAAGAAGCUGGGGCUUAGAUAAGCUCCGAGAGUCUAAACUCAGAGAGUAGUGCAAGUGUGAGAGAGUGUUUACCUCCGUCUCCUGCUGCAGACCGACAGCCUCAUGAUGGAAAAGACUGGAAUUUAUUGAUGCACAACUGUGGUAGCAGGGGAUAUGAGUAGAUCAGUAACACUGGUUAUAUAAAGUGUGAAGCUUUGAUUAAUGACUCUGGCUGCAGUGCAAUGGCAGGUUCUCAUUUCAAUCACACUUCCCUGGCUCAUUAGAAGGCACUGCACUCUUACCUCCUCUUUUUGUAUGGAUCUGAGUCUUUUACAGUUGCGUUUCGAACAUCGACAUAUGUAGUACAGUUGUGUGUUUUAUUUUUGCUCCUCCAGUUACCAGAAAUAAGUAUCUUGUUCUUUUAUUUUGAUGUUAGAGGGAGCUGGUAAACAAUAAUGCAAAACUUGUCAAUAAACCUCAUGUUUUACUUUG